AUGGUGGACAACAGGACUGGCUUGGGAACCGUUCGUCAAGCAGUUGAAAGAUUCGAAGGGCGCAAGUCAUGUAUUGUAGACACGGCUAUUGAGCAAUUUUCCGACGGCUCUGACGCAGGUCAAGUCUUUAUGGCUGCGGAAGGUACCUACGCGUUGCCUUCACCCACUGGCACACCAUACCGGACACCCUCGAGCUCGCGAUCUCGCCAAACAUCCCGCACCUACGAAGAUCUGUCUCCUGCCACGACUCCUCCACCACUACCGUCUCUUGAGCGAAAUCGCAAGAUUGGCAGUAACGAAUCUCUGAACGACGCCCUUGACGAUGAACUCCCUCUAUCAGACCCACGCCGCUUCACUCCCACCUUACAUGCAUCUUUGGUAUCCGAAAUAUUGUCGUUGCGUCGUGAUGUCGAAACAAAGUCUUCCGACAUCGAUCGCUUGGAGCAGAGUCUGCACGACACCCAGGUCCAGAACCAGACGCUGAAUAGCAAUCUACUGGCUGCUACUCGAGAAAGUCGGCAGGUCAAGCGCCAGAUGCAAAUGUUGGAGGGAGGUACUCUGUCUGCUAUCAACGAGAUUGCGAGAGAAAGAGACGAGGCGGUUAAAGACUCGAUAGAGUUCAGGAACAGGCUAGACCAUAUCCAGAAGAAGAGUAAGAGCCACGAUGAUGACAUGGAUCGAGUUCAACAGCAAUGGCAGGACGACAAAGAAGCAUGGCUCGUCGAGAAGCGCAAUCUCGAGACCAAGAUUCACAUAGUAGAAGGCAGACUCAAAGUCGUGCUCAGUGAGGUAGCCAAGGUACAACUGAUACAUGCUUCAGACGAUGUUAGCUCUCCUCGAAGAUCACAAAGCCGAACAAGUAUGCUUGGGAGUCCCAGGAAAAGGCCCGAAUCAAUUGCUCAGCGACGGCAAAGUCUUACAUCGAAUCAGAGCGAUCAAUAUGGUGGGAGGACAUCAGUAUUGAGCUUUGUCAACAGUGAUGCCGCAAACUUGGCUGACGAGCUUGGACUAGAAGGUAUCGAUGAGGAUUACACAAGCCAACCUGACGACGAUCGUCGGCUGUCACCCGAGCCAGUCCACGAAGUGCUUCCCAGACCAUCCUCCCGAGUAUCUCUAAAGGCGAGGAAAGUGCUUGGGCUGCCAAUUGACCUCAGUGAGUUUGAGCAAGUCGGACGGGUCAAUCCCAGCGACCAUCUAGCAAGUCUAAUUGAAGUGGAUUCUCCCACGAGCAAAACUACGACCAAAAUCGUGUAUGUCGACUCAGGCAUACAAUAUUCGAGACCUUCUUCACCCGUCCAGGUGCACACACGAAGAAGCUUAGACACUCCUGUGCCAAGGCAUAGAGAUUCCGUAGAUACAGCAAGAGCGAGCAAGCGGCUGAGCGCCAUAAGUCAAGUCAGCCAAGACAGUGCCCAGUACAGCGUCGACACCAGUGACAACGCGUGGGAAGAUACUCUGCGAAAUCAACCAAUCAUGGUCUCAUCAGCUUGCCAGACUAUUGAGAAACUACCCGAUCUUCCAUUGACACCAAAGCCAGAUUUGUCCUUGACCACGAUCGAUGAGACAGUUGAGACGCGCGAGAUCGCGAUCCAGACUGAUUCACCACUUCGAGUUUUUGCUCCUAUACCCGCAGUGGUACACAAGCGCACGGAUACCAACCAAUCUUCUCUCUCGACCGAAUUACACAUACCCACCAUCGCCAUCAUACCUCCGACGUCUCGGCCUGUCACUCCUGAUGAGCAUGCUGUCAAGCUACCACCUCGAACAAAAAGUGCCAGCUGUCAGGUUGAGACCCACAUCUUGUGCGAGUACAACUCUAAGGGUAUGCAGACUGAAGACAUCCGUAUCGACAAGCGCAGUAUGAUCCCUCCACACCCUCCAAUGCCACCACCUCCAGUACCCGCGAACCUUCCUCCACCGUCUAGUUUCAUCAAGGCUAGAGGGCCAGCUUUUUCGAGGCGAAACAUUCCCAAUGUUCCAAACUCGUCUAUGCGACGUAGCACUCCGACUCAAAAUCUUUCACUUAUCAACGAUGAUGGACCCCUCAGUGAUAUGAAGCUGGAAAUUGGCCGCCCGAUAAGGUCGAGUAGCAUGUUCGCCGGAUUUGAGGAAGCAGAUGAAUUCAAUGACUUUGAGGACGAUGUUUUCCAUGAUGACGACUUUUUUAACAAGCCGAUAUCCAAGUUCAUCCUCUCCAGAGGCAAGAUCAUGGCUGCGGCGAAGGACCUGGAGGAUAUUGAGGAGAGCGAGGCUGCUGUUGCGGCAGGCAAGAGAUUUGCGUUAGAACAGAUCCGUCGCUCCGAAGAAAACGAACGUGACUUCGAAGUCGAUGGCGACUCACAGAUCAGACCGUUUCCAAGAGGAUCGAGCAAGCAGGUCAAGCGCGUCCCAUCUUCUAGGACGACGAGUAUGAGGCGUACAGCGCUUAUCUCGAGUGGUACGGCAGCUCAUGCUCACCAAACCAGGAGCUCUUUGUCCUCGAUGGGCUCGGGUGAUAGCGCCAGGCCUCCAAUGCCUAUACCGGUUCGCUAUAGUUCUGCGAGAGUUGGGAAAUCCAUAAGCGACGGUGGUCGGAGUUCUAGAGGUAGUAGCAACAACUCACCGACUCGACCCAUCAGAAAAGUCCACAAAACAUCACUGAGAAAGACCAAAUCAGGACCCGCUCUCUCACCAGCUGCUCAAGCAGCAAGACGAGCCAAAAGUCGAUCCCCACCUCUCGAGAGCAGGGUGUCUAUCGUGCCAGAUAUGCCAAAUUUCAGAAUGCCUCAGCAGCCGCACGAAACUCCCAGCAUUUCGGUCGAUUUAGCCACCGCGUUCGGAGCAGGUGCACCCAUUCCAUCGAUAGCUCAGGGUCCCCCACGAUCGACCGACCAGGUAAGAGAGCAUUCAGACACAUUCACUGCGCCACAGACGUCGGUGGUAGAUGCAAUAGCUCAGACUAUGGUUGGGGAAUGGAUGUACAAAUAUGUCAGAAGAAGGAAAUCUUUUGGUAAACCAGAAAAAGAUUGGGACUUUGGCAAGAGCAUCGAGGAGAUGUCAAAUAGUGCUAGCUCUGGUGUUAGACACAAGCGCUGGGUCUGGUUAGCACCGUACGAGCGGUCGGUAUUGUGGUCAAGUAAACAACCAACAGACAAUACAGCGCUCCUGGGUAAGAGUGGUCGGAAAUUGACGAUCAAGUCUGUUUUCGAUGUCAAGGACGACAACGCUAUGCCCAAAGGCAGUAUCACAGGACCACACUUCAAUCGAUCAAUACUGAUCCUGACACCUCAAAGAGCCUUGAAGUUCACAGCCACAACUCAAGAGCGACACUAUAUAUGGCUAACGGCAUUGUCGUUCUUGUCGCAUUCACCAAUCAGCAUGAACGACCUUGCACCGUUGCCUCCCAUGCCACCAGAAGAACAUCUAGACGAAAAUACAAGCCCUGCACCAUCCCUUGGUGGAUCUCUGCGCAGACGACCAAUUCGUGAUUCCAUUAGAAUAGCUAAAGGCUCGACCGCAAGACCCCAGUUCAGGUCGUAUACGACUGAUGGUGUAACCACAUUGUCAGAAUACGAGCGACCUCCAACGCAGGGCCAGUACGAUCCUAUCAAUGAUGCUGCACUUCCACCAGUCAUUCGAAGAUAUCACAAUCGCAACCGCAGCAAUACUGCUCCGAAGCCAACAGCAAGUGCGUUUCGUGCUCUUCUUUCCCGGGAUUCAGGGGCUGCAGCGGCACCUUCAGUGGCAGUCGAGAAGACACCAAACGAUCGAGGAGCGCAAACACCUAGCCUUGGUAUGCCGAGCAGGCCAAGUUCUCGCAGAGGAAGCGAGGCUAGUGCUCUAGGUCGACCACCCCUGGGACCACCUUUCCAGACCCUUGACAUGCCCGGUCAAUUCUUCGACACCAUGUCAAACUCUAGCCAUGCAGCAAGCACGACUAUGAGAGUUGAUGCGUUCAUGGACGAUCACCAGCGAAAUACUUUUGGCCAACGUGGAACCUUCGGUAGAGGCGCCAUGCGAAAUUUGAGACUAGCAAGACCAUCGAUGAGAAAUCUCAAGGAUCCCAGCACUUCGUCGUGGGCAGCUCACCAGUCUUCGUUCCGAGAUAGUAUGAGUCCAGUGGAGACACUGGCUAGUCCGACAGAAGUCAGAUUCAGUGAGAGUACGAGAGCAAGCAGCGAAGCUGGCGGAUACUUCAGAGGUAUAUAA